AUGAGCCAAAGUAAUAGUGGUGAGCUCGGUAAUAUUGGCGACAAAACAUAUGAACAUAUAUACGGUAUUGACAAAAUAGAUAUACCAGAGGUUGACGAUAACGACAGUGAUAUAUUUGAAGUGAGUUAUAAAAAUAUGGACUUUAACGACAUGGAUUUCGAGCAGACAUACACGAUGUACUCGACCUUACAACAGAAAAAGGCAUUAAAUGUAAUGGACCAGUUGCAGAAGGUGCAGAUGUUAAACGAGCAAUAUUGUACUGGGAUUGGCCAGUACGAACAGGUGGAAGAUAUGAAAGGAGGAUACGCCCACGAGUCGUCGAAGACGAUGGAGUCACAGCCCAGAGACGAUUUUGACCAGUUUUUUUCGAACACUGAGUCCAAUGCAUUGGAGAAAUUUUUAGACAACUUGGCUAACUCGAGCGGGUCUUCGAACCCAAUGCAUAUGUACAACGAUGGUCAGUCGAACUAUCAGCAUGAUUUCCCCGUUUUUGAGUUGCAUACCAUGAAGGCGCCUGCUAUGCCUAUGCCAACACCACCCCAGCAUUCAAUAUCCCCUAGCGACCCCCAGAUGAUAGGCCAUAAUACCCAGGGAGCCAUGAGCAAUACUAAGAAGUCAUUAGUUGACGCGCUCGAACAUCCUUCGUUGAGAAACUUAACAACUCCAGAUGUGUGCCAAUUACCUACCCCUUUGGACAGUAGACAAUCAUCUACUUCAUUCAACGUCGUUUCUGAUCAAGAUUUAGAUCAAGAUUCCUUCAGCAGUGAAUUAUCGACUCCUCAAGCUGGUUCUCCAGGAGCGAAGAAACGCAAGAGAUCUUGCCACAAGCCGUUAUUGACGGUUGAACAAAAACGCCUCAAUCACUCACUUUCUGAGAAAAAGAGAAGACAGCUGUGCAAAUUGGCAUAUGAAAGAUGUUUACGUCUUAUUACUAAUAUCAACGAUUAUACCGACAUGAAAGUCGAUAAUUCGAAGGGAAAAUCAAAAAGAAAGCAAAUUAACAAAGAUGGGUUACCAAAUUUAUCAAAACACACCGCUUUAACCAAAAUUACUAAUGAGAUGGUUAAGAUCAAAAGUCAAAAUGAUCGGUUAAAAAAAUUAUUAAAUUUGGAAUAG